AUGUCUGAGGGAGAAGAUAUCUUGUAUGAAGUGAAGGGCAAAACCGCCAUCAUCACGUUGAACCUUGACAAAAAGCUCAAUGCUUUGAAUGGUCCUCAAUACCAACUUUUGACUGAGCUUCUUCAGAGAGCUGAUGAAGAUGAAGACACGGUUUUGACACUUUUUCAAUCCACGGGACGUUUUUUCAGUGCUGGCGCCAACAUCUCUGACUUGGGAAACGCUGAAUCUUCUGAGAUCUUCUCGUACCCUUAUUGGCUCAAAAACUUUACCGGUAGAAAUGUGUGGUCUACCGAUGUGUUCAUGAAUCACAAGAAGGUACUUGCUUGCGCUUUAAACGGUCCGGUUAUCGGUUUGAGUGCUGCUCUUGUGUGCCUUUGUGACUUGAUCUACGUGAAUGAUGAGGAGAAAUUCUACCUCCUUGCGCCAUUCUCCAACUUGGGUUUGGUUGCAGAAGGUGGUGCCAGUGCUUCCAUGUUCAUGAGACUUGGCUGGGCAAAAGCUUCUGAAGCACUUCUUUUCUCUAGACCCAUCCCUGGUACUAUCCUUGAAAAAAAUGGUUUCUUUAAUAAGUCUUACAAGGACCAGAAAUUGUCUACUGAAGCGUUCAACGAACAGGUGCGCAAAGAUUUGGAAGGUCAAUUUGAGAACUUGUAUUACCCAUCUAUCUUUGAAAACAAGGAGUUGCUCAAAGUCAACAGGGAUGCGCAGAUCAGUGCUGCCAGUUCCAGAGAGUCGGUUAUUGGCUUAAGAAGAUGGGUCGCAGGUAUUCCUCAGGAGCGGUUCAUGAAAUUGGCUCAAAAGGAUAUCAAACAUAAGAUGUAG